AUGGUUGGAAUCGGUCCUAAGCAGCCGCCGUCCCGCAAAGGGUCUAUGCACGACCUGCCGCAGAACCUUCUGCAACAGAUCAAGGAUUUCGAAGACAUCUUCACCGUUGACCGGGCGAAGCUGAAGCAGAUCGUGAACCACUUCGUCAAGGAGCUUGAGAAGGGCCUCACGGUCGAGGGCGGCAACAUCCCGAUGAACGUAACCUGGGUGAUGGGCUUCCCUGAUGGGAACGAGCAGGGUACCUUCCUGGCCCUGGAUAUGGGCGGCACCAACCUGCGUGUGUGCGAGAUUACCCUGACCGAGGAGGAGGGUGCCUUUGAUAUCACCCAGUCCAAAUACAGAAUGCCAGAGGAGCUUAAGACUGGUACCGCCGAGGAGCUGUGGGAAUAUAUUGCCGAUUGCUUGCAGCAGUUCAUCGAGUUCCACCACGAGAACGAGAACCUCUCCAAGCUCCCCCUGGGUUUCACCUUCUCCUACCCGGCCACCCAGGAAUACAUUGACCACGGCAUUCUGCAGCGCUGGACUAAGGGAUUUGAUAUUGAUGGUGUUGAAGGCGAGGACGUGGUCCCGCCCCUGGAGGCCAUUUUGAAGAAGCGGGGACUGCCCAUCAAAGUCGCUGCCUUGAUUAACGAUACCACUGGAACUAUGAUUGCUUCCGCCUACACCGACCCGGACAUGAAGAUUGGCUGCAUUUUCGGAACCGGCGUGAAUGCUGCAUAUAUGGAGAACGUCGGCUCUGUUCCCAAAAUUGCGCACAUGAAUUUGCCUCCCGAUAUGCCCGUUGCCAUCAACUGCGAGUACGGCGCCUUCGACAAUGAGCGGGUGGUGCUCCCUCUCACUAAAUAUGACGAAAUCAUCGACCGUGACUCGCCUCGCCCCGGCCAGCAGGCCUUUGAGAAGAUGACAGCCGGCCUCUACUUGGGUGAAAUCUUUCGUUUGGCCCUUCUGGACCUCAUUGAAUCCCGUCCAGGCCUUAUCUUCAAUGGCCAGGACAUCACGAAGCUGCGCAAGCCCUACCUCCUGGACGCAUCCUUCCUGGCUGCUAUUGAGGAGGAUCCGUACGAGAACUUGUCCGAGACCGUUGAUCUCUUUGAGCGCAUGCUCGGUAUUCGCCCAACUCAGCCUGAGCUAGAGAUGAUCCGUCGCCUGGCCGAGUUGAUUGGCACCCGCGCUGCCCGUCUGUCUGCCUGCGGUGUCGCAGCUAUCUGCACGAAGAAGCAGAUCGAAUCUUGUCACGUCGGUGCUGACGGCUCUGUCUUUACCAAGUACCCCCACUUCAAGGCCCGCGGUGCCCAGGCUCUCCGCGAGAUCCUGGACUGGGCUCCCAACGAGAAAGACAAGGUCUCCAUCAUGGCCGCCGAGGACGGUUCCGGUGUUGGCGCUGCCCUGAUUGCCGCGUUGACUCUCAAGCGAGUCAAGGCUGGAAACCUCGCUGGUAUCCGCAACAUGGAAGAGAUGCGGACCCUGCUGUAA